GCCUAUGGUGGCCCGGGUAUCGACACAGAGUACCUCUGCCAGCCUAGUCCCGACGUCGUGCCCCUCACGCAGGUCGGGUUCGCGGAGAUAGCUGCGCAGGGUUCCGCGCCACGCAUGGCGGUCUUUGCGCGGCGCGUGGUAGAGCACCUAGGGGCGGAGGUGAACAAUGAGGCUGCACUCGUUGACUUCGCCGAGCAGUAUCUUGUUGAGUCCGGAAG